AUGGAUAGUACUUGUACUAAUUGUACUGAUAGUUGGCCAUCGCUCUUUUGGCCGCCCUUCAGUGAAAGAUAUAUUCUGAAUCUAGAAUCUUCAGAUGUCUGGCGUUUUACAGUUAUAUGGACACUUAUCUUCUAUGCUUCGAUAUAUGGCGCAGCAGGUUUAUGGGCUUGGGCGGUAUUUUACCGAUCGCGGUGGUCUUUUAUGUUGCCUAUUAUAUUUGUAGUGGUUGCUUUAUUAAUGGGACUCGUUGGCGGAACAAUAGUUGGUUAUACGCUUAACUUUUUUUAUGAUGCCGGAAGGUUUAAUAUGUCAACAUGGGUGCCUUGUUUAUGGGGAUUAACCCAAGCGUUGUUUGCAGUGAUGGGAUCUUAUUCUACAGUAACAACCAUUCUCUGA